GAGAGGGAUUGACUGCAAAUCCACGGCUCGAGGGCUAAACCUUCCAAUCCAGCCUCAGCCAGCGCCGCGCCGAUGUGAAGUCGCCCCCCAGCUCUCGCACACAGCCGCGCAGACACGCACACGCUCCCCGCGGCGAGGGGAGGGCGCCGGGGAUCGCAGCCCAGGUGCCAGCGCCUCCUCGCCCCGCCGGCCACUGCUGGGCGGCCGCGGCGCAGCAGCGCCGGUCCCCGGGGCACCGAGAGCCUGCUCUGGGACGGCGGGGUGGGGGAGAGCCGAGGAGCGGAGCUGCCGGAUCCUCGCCCUGCGGAGCCCCCAGGAUUACAAGGAAUUGCGUGCUCCUUCCCAGACGUGAGCGAGGGUUGUUAUACCAAAGAACCAACCUCCUUCGCGCCCUGCUGUCCAAAUUAAUCCCUUGGACCCUUGAGAAGACAGGGUUUUUUUCGGAACCAUGGCAUCGACAGAAGGUGCCAACAAUAUGCCUAAGCAAGUAGAAGUCCGGAUGCAUGAAAGUCAUUUAAAUCCAGUGGAGCACAGAUCCAGGAACAUAUGUGUGCAGUUCUGCCAGUCCCUCCACAGGAAUCUGCUCCUGACUCUUACUGUGUUUGGUGUCAUCCUGGGUGCAGUGUGUGGGGGUCUCCUUCGCCUAGCAACACCUAUUGACCCUGACAUCAUCAUGCUAAUAGCCUUCCCAGGAGACAUCCUCAUGCGUAUGCUAAAAAUGCUGAUCCUCCCUUUAAUUAUCUCCAGUUUAAUCACAGGGCUGUCUGGAUUAGAUGCUAAAGCAAGUGGCCGCCUGGGGACAAGAGCCAUGGUCUACUACAUGUCCACCACUAUUAUUGCUGCUGUACUGGGUGUGAUUCUGGUUUUAGCCAUCCAUCCAGGGAAUCCAAAACUCAAGAAACAGCUUGGGCAAGGGAAGAAGAAUGAUGAAGUAUCCAGUCUGGAUGCCUUCCUGGAUUUGAUCCGAAACUUGUUCCCUGAAAAUCUGGUUCAAGCAUGCUUUCAGCAGAUCCAAACUGUCACCAAGAGAGUGCUGGUGCCACUACCUGUUGAAGAGCCACCUAAUGUCACUGAUUCUGCUAUUGCUAUGGUGAAUGAGACAGCAGCACCUGAAGCCCAGAUGGUCAUUAAGAAGGGACUGGAAUUUAAGGAUGGCAUGAAUGUCCUGGGUUUGAUAGGAUUCUUUAUUGCUUUUGGCAUUGCUAUGGGGAAAAUGGGAGAACAGGCCAAGAUGAUGGUGGAUUUCUUCAACAUCCUGAAUGAGAUUGUAAUGAAGUUAGUAACCAUGAUCAUGUGGUACUCCCCGUUGGGUAUUGCUUGCCUCAUCUGUGGAAAAAUCAUUGCAAUCAAGGACCUGGAAGUAGUUGCUAGACAACUUGGCAUGUACAUGGUCACUGUGAUUGUGGGUCUUGUCAUCCAUGGAGGGAUCUUCCUGCCUCUGCUCUACUUUGUGAUAACAAGGAAAAGCCCAUUUUCAUUCCUUGCUGGGAUUUUCCAGGCAUGGAUCACAGCACUAGGCACAGCUUCCAGUGCUGGAACAUUACCCGUCACAUUCCGGUGUCUUGAAGAAAAUCUCGGCAUUGAUAAGCGUGUAACAAGGUUUGUUCUUCCUGUUGGAGCAACUAUUAACAUGGAUGGAACUGCCCUUUAUGAAGCUGUGGCUGCCAUCUUCAUAGCACAGAUGAAUGGAAUUGACCUGGAUGGGGGCCAGAUAGUUACUGUGAGUUUGACCGCCACCCUUGCGAGUGUUGGAGCUGCCAGCAUUCCCAGCGCGGGACUCGUCACCAUGCUGCUGAUCCUGACUGCCGUGGGUCUCCCCACCCAGGACAUCAGUCUGCUUGUUGCUGUUGACUGGCUUUUGGACAGGAUGAGAACGUCAGUCAAUGUGGUGGGGGAUUCUUUUGGUGCUGGCAUUGUCUACCACCUUUCCAAGGCAGAACUUGACACCAUUGAUUCCCAUCAUAAAGGGCAUGAAGACAUUGAAAUGACCAAGACUCAGUCAAUCUAUGACGACAUGAAAAAUCAUAGGGAAAACAACUCAAACCAAUGUGUUUUUGCAGCUCACAACUCAGUCAUGGUAGAUGAGUGCAAGGUAACACUGGCAACCAAUGGCAAAUCUGCAGACUUCAAUGUUGUUGAAGAAGAGCCUUGGAAACGGGAAAACUAAGUGAAGAGAUUCCUAGCUGCAUCCUUAAUAAGUCCUGAAGCUAUCUUGCGGCAGAAGAUACCAUGAUUAAGAAGAUUUCUGUUUGUUUUUUUUUUUUCCUAUUUAACAUUACAGUUUCUGCUUAAUUUUGUAACUGAAACUUAGCAAAGAUCCCAUCAAGUCAUUGUAGUGUCUUUGCCAAGCAAUGAUCCAUAGCCGUCUGUCUCCCUUGUGUUACUGUUUGGAUGAUGCACCUGGAGAAUGCUCCAUGCAGUGCAAUGAGCUCUCACCCACUUCCCCUUUCAUUCAAGACACAGAGAAUGUAAAUGCUGCAAAAUGGGAAGAUCAAAGUGCCAGUACAGUUCACUACAGGGACUCAGGGUCACAGAUACAAGAGAAACAUAACACCACGUAAGCCUUCAAGUCUUUUGGUGACUCUUGUGGCAUACCUGAUCUGUUUAUCACUGUAUGGCUAAAAUACCUUUUGGAAACAUCCCUAAAGAUUUCCAUUUGUUUUGAUAAUAACAAGCACUGUACUUUUGUGCCUAGUUGUACUUUAAACUGAAGUUAGAUCCGGGGGCAGGAUUAAUGCAUAGAAGUCAAUAAAUUGUCCCAGACACUUUGUUAGAUCAGUACAACUAAAACUUAACAUCAAGAGAAGACCUUCAAUUUGUAUGUGCAUGUGGUGUGUUCUUAUCAGAUGUCCCAGGGCAGGUGCAGCCUUUCUUUUAUGCUGGGGCUGUGCUGCUUUGUGACCACAAUGCACCCUACAAUACAAGGCAGUGUAAUUACAGGGGUAGUAGUUCCUUCACUAAAAUUUAUGACUGAUGUGCAAAAUACAGAAAACCAUGGACUCAGUUGUGCCAUUUUUAAUCAAAGUAGGUGGUACUUUACUAUUCACCCUGCUCCACUGAUGUCAGAGGAGUUUCCCCCAUGCGUGGGAAGUAAGGUACUGCUAAGAUUGGUUAUGGAUGUCAUGAUUGGGUACUUGAUAAUGAGCUGCAAACAACUUCUGAGUCCAUUAUUCUUACAGAAUUUUUUAAUAUGAUCAUCAGUAGCAUUUGCUAUGAAGUGAAAGCCAUCUUUCAAGUACAUCAUGUUUCAUAGAGUGGCUAAAUCCUGAAUUCAUUGCUAAACCAAAUUCCAUAUAAAGUUAAGAGAAUUUGUCCAGGUUUAGGACUGAAUGAAAAUGAAACCAGAAUUUCAGGAUUUAGGCCAGUAUGUUGAAUUACAUCUCUGUCUCUUUUGCAGAGUAAUAAGUAUACAACUCCCUAAUGUCACAGAAAUGUUUCUUUGAGCACGUGGCAUCUGAAUUAAUGAGACAGUGUUUGAUCAACAUACUAUAUCUGACUCAACCUGUCAGAAGAAAUUACAGUGAGAAUAAACACCUUGUGAAAUUAUUUUAAAGGUGCUUGUUAAUACUUAGGAAUUUUAAGUUACUGGUGAAUACCAUUAUACUGUUAGCAAUGUUCCAUAGCAAAGCUGAGCCACGUGGUCUUGGAUGGUUCUUCUCACAGAACAAGCUUUGUGCAAUUUUGGGGGGAGCUCUCAGAAGUUUUCAGAAUGAAUCAUAAUAUGAGCAUAUGGUGAACUUAAAAAUGGCAAGAAUCAGAGUUCAAACAUUUAUGGAAAGAGGCCAUUUAGUGUCUAUGCUCAGACUAGUCAUGGAUUUAAAGGGGAAUAAUGUGUUUAACUGUAGAGUGUUAUUUGGCUCUGUAGAAGCUAUUAAAGUAAAAAAAUAA